CAGCCAUACCCUUGUUCAGAGUGCGGGAAAUGUUUUUCACAGAAGUCCAGCCUGCAUAUAUAUCAGAGACCUCACACAGGUGAAAAGCCAUAUGUCUGUCCUGAGUGCGGGAAAUACUUUUCAGUGAAGCCCAGUCCUCACACACAUCAGAGAUCUUACAUGGAGGAGAAGUUGUAUACCUGUUCGGAGUGCGGGAAAUGUUUUUCAGAGAAGAAGCCCUUUUCUUUAUAA